AGUGGCGCUGGACGCUCUUGCUCCACAAAGGCUGCCUCCCGCAGUCCUGGACUGAUGACUGGGCUCCAGAGUGUAACCCUGGUGUGACCUGUGAGGCCAGGUCCUCUGUGAAGUUGUGCUUGUGCAUACGAAGUACUGCUGUCUCAUCCAUCUAGGGUUGGUGUCUCAUGUUCAUCCAUCCCCAGAUGCUACAGAAGCAUUCUUUCCUUACUAGUAGAAUGAAAAGGGAUGAUUAAACCAUCAAGAGGGGAGCUCUUCUACUUCUCGCUUUGUCAGAGGUCCUGCACCACAGCCAGAGAUCCACUCCAGCAGAAGUCACAGAUCACACACACACAAAAGAAAAACACCCUGCAGAAACAGGAAAUCGCACUUCCUGAUUCCCUACAGAGCGCAGAAACCUGUUUCCUCUACACACCCCGAGUGGGUGAAGCGAAACUCUGUCCUAGCACAUUCACUGUGGAAACAGCUAUCAAAAAGUCUGGAAGGGCUUUGUCUCCCAAUUUUACAUGACGCUUUUGGCUUCAAACUACUGAGAUGAACGGAGCAAAGUUAUUUGUCCUCCUCUCCAGUUUAUGGAGUGGGGGCAUUGGGCUUGACCACACUGAGCAUCCUUGGACUACCCCUGAGGAUGAAAACUCCCACAAGAAGAUGACUUCUCUUUGGGAUCCUGUCAAUAAGACACAAAGUCUUCAAAUGCUUUCUACCACUCAGAGCCCAUCAGCUAAGAUAUCUCCAGCUCCUGUGCUGGGAACAUCUGAAGUGCAUCCUCUGCAAUCAACAUUGCCUCCCUCAGAGUCUAGCUGGACCUCCCAGAGUGCGAGAAACCAAACAGCCACAGCCACAGGGAAAACAGAAGGGGAGGUAGAGUCACCAAAGCUUGCCUUUCCAAACAGAGCUAAUGCCAGCUUCAAACCUGAAGCAGAGACAGUAGAGCUUUCCAAUUCUACACUGAAAUUUCUUCAAAGCUUUGCCAGAAAGUCAGAUCAACAAGCAAACUCUCCAAAAUCAGCUGGUGACCUGGGAAAUCGAUCCCCUCGGGAAACAUACCCCAGCAGAGGUGAUAGUGUUCAAAGCCAAAGAACCACCACUCGAAAAUCCAGUUUUGAAACAACUAGAGGAAAGAACUGGUGUGCUUAUGUACAUACCAGGCUAUCUCCCUCUGUGAUUCUGGAUAACCAGGUCUCUUAUGCUCCAAGCGGGAGAGGACCCUGUGCCUGGACCAGUGGAUCCUGUCUUCAGAGAGCUCAGAAGAUAUCCAGUCCUGUCUAUAGGAUGCAACAUAAAAUUGUUACCUCAUUGGAAUGGAAGUGCUGCCCUGGAUACAGUGGACCAAAGUGCCAGCUAAAAGCCCAGGAACAGCAGCAACUGAUGCACAGCAACCAGGCGGAAAGUCACACAGCUAUCGACAGAGGAACAGCAGAGCAGAUGCAGCUUCAGCAGCAGCAAGACUGUGACAACCCAGCAGUGAUGCAGAAACUCACUGACCAGAUAAGCCAGCAGGCAGUGAAACUGACCACUUUGCAGAAGAAGAUGGACAACAUUUCUUUGGCUGUGGAUGAUUUAAGGACCACACAGUCUUCAUUAGAAAGAAAAAUCAGUGAUGAUAAAAGCAGAGAAUUUCAAUCUUUUCUAAAAGGUCUGAAAUCCAAAAGCAUUAAUGAUCUGGUAAAGGACACAGUAAGGCAGCAAUUUAAAAUCUUUCAAAAUGACAUGCAAGAGACUGUGGCGCAGCUCUUCAAGACUGUAUCACGUCUAUCAGAGGACCUGGAAAACACCAGGCAAGUCAUUUGGCAAGUGAAUCAAUCUGUGGCUUCAAUAGCUGUGCAGCAAAAGUCAGUUUUAAUUCAAAACAAUAGGCCCACUUUGACCGAUAUAGUAGAUCUAAAGAACCGCAUUGUUAACAUUAGACAGGAAAUGACUGAUACAUGUGAGAAGCCCAUUAAAGAACUAGAACUGAAACAAGCUCAUUUAGAAGGUGCCCUAGAACAAGAACACACGAGGAGCACUCUGUAUUAUGAAUCCCUCAAUAAGACUCUAGCUAAAAUGAAGGAAGUACAUACACAACUUUUAUCUACCGAACAAGAGUCAGACAAGAGGAAUGCUACUGCUAUUGAGACAGUCAGCAAUAACAUCACUGAGGACAUGUCUGUUCUGUAUGAGAAGGUAAGCAAACAGGGCUUGAUGUUGCUGCAGAUAUUUGCUGAUUUCCACAUCCAAGACAGUAAGAUUACCAAUCUCACCAUCAGUCUGGAGAGGGAGAAAGAAUUCAUCAGGAGUGAAUGUGAGGACAUGCUAGCAAAGUGCAGAAAUGAUUUUAAAUUUCAGCUCAAGGACACAGAGGAGAAUUUACUGGUGUUAAACCAAACACUGGCAGAAAUUCUCUUUCCAAUGGACAACAAGAUGGAUAAAAUGGGUGAGCAACUGAAUGAUCUGACAUACGACAUGGAGAUUCUGCAACCUUUGCUGGAGCAGGGAGCGUCACUUCAGCAGACCUUUGCCCAACCAAAGGAAGCAUCAAUUAUAAAGAAAAAGGUGGAAAGUCUCAUCAGUGCUGUCAACAGUCUAAAUUUUCUUAUCAAAGAACUUACAAAGAGACACAACUUACUUAGAAAUGAAGUACAGAAGCAAGGUGAUACCUUCGAACAACGUAUCAAUGCAUAUGGAUUGGAAAUGGAAGAUGCCCUAAAUAAAACAGUAACUAUUAUGAAUAAUGCCAUUGAUUUCGUUCAAGAUAACUAUGUGCUGAAAGAGACUUUACAUACGACUAAGCACUAUUCUGAAGCCCAUCAUAAAUGCAGCCAAAAUAUGGAAACCAUAUUGACGCUUAUCCCGCAAGUCCAACGUUUGAAUGAUUCCAUUCACAUUUUGCUCAGUGACAAUCAGAGAUACGAUUUUGUCUUAAAAGUUGCCAAGGCCCUUGCGGAUAUUCCUAAAGAUGAGAAACUACAUCAGUCCUAUUUUCAAAAGAUUUACCAAAUAUUCAAUGAAACCACUUCCCAACUAAUAAAAUAUCAGGAAAAUAUGAGUCAUUUGGAAGAAAAUGUAAUGUUAGCCACUAAAACUUUAAAAAAUUUUGAAACUCGGUUGCAAGUCCUUGAAUUUAAAGUGACACAGACACUCAUACCUUCCUAUAUUUCACUUAAAACAAGCAUGACCACCAAAUGGAGAGAUCAAGAUCUUCAACUGCAGGUAUUGAAUUCCAGAUUUAAGGCCCUGGAAGCAAAAUCCAUCCACCUUUCCAUUAAUUUCUCUUUGAUUAACAAAACUCUUCAUGAAUUUCUAAUGAUGUGUCCUACUGAUUCUACAAGUUCAUCUGAACUAAACGUUACCACACCUAAGUGGAUAAAAGGUUCCUUGCCAGAUAGUCAGCAGAAGUGUCUGACAGAAUUUGUGGGCUCAGUAAUUGAAAUGAAGACUCAAGCUGCCCUGUCUAAUUUCACUCAGUAUGUAGAGCGCUUGCGGUCUGAUAGUCUGGCAAAUGUUGUCGAAUCUCAGAAACAAGUAAAAAAGCUAAAAAAACUUAAUACACUUAAGAAACCAACAGUGAAUCUUACCACCAUCCUGAUAAACCGGACCCAAAGAAACACAGACAACAUUGUAUUCCCUGUGACAGAGGAGGAGUCAGCCUGCAGCAGCUUCCCGUGCCAGAAUGGAGGCACGUGUAUAAACGGGAGAACCAGCUUCACCUGUGCCUGCCGGCAUCCUUUCUCUGGCAAAAACUGCACCGUCAAGCUGGUGGAGGAAACUGCUUUGGCUCCAGAUUUUUCCAAAGGCUCUUAUAGAUAUGCACCAAUGGUGGCAUUUUUUGCAUCUCAUACGUAUGGAAUGAUUACACCUGGCCCUAUCCUUUUUAAUAAUCUGGAGGUCAAUUAUGGAGCUUCAUAUAACCCACGGACUGGCAAAUUUCAAAUUCCUUAUCUUGGAGUCUAUGUUUUCAAAUACACGAUUGAGUCAUUUAGUGCUCAUAUCUCUGGAUUUUUAGUAGUGGAUAGAAUAGACAAGCUUGCAUUUGAGUCUGAAAAUAUUAACAGUGAAGUUCACUGUGAUAGAGUUUUGACUGGGGAUGCCUUAUUAGAAUUAAAUUAUGGGCAGGAAGUGUGGCUGCGACUGGUAAAAGGAACAAUUCCAGCCAAGUUUCCCCCUGUUACUACAUUCAGUGGUUAUUUGUUAUAUCGUACAUAAGUUAGAAUGAAAGACAGACUUACCACCUCUACCGAAAAUAACUAGUGUUUUAUCUGUCUUUGCAUAUACAGCUGCUAAAUGAAAAACCAACAUUUUUUCUAAUUUAAGUAAAGCUCUAUGUAUGUUAAUUUCAUGAAAUCGUUUGCAUAUCUUUUAAAAAAUCUGUAUAUGAAGGAGUUCUUGCUCCUACACAAAUUUAGAUGCGCAGGAAACAAAGUGCUUUGAUUAGGUUAAGUGUUUUUAUUUUUGUUCCUUUAUUUUUAGUUAUUUCAAUAUAAAGUAAUAUUAUAAAAUGUCGGUCACACAAUAUUGUUAGUCAUUGUGGUAUUUCCAGGAAAGCACUCAAUAUUUUUUGUAUCACACGUAUAUAAAUACAAAAUAAUGAUUUCAAUAAUAGGUUAAUAAACAACUAGAUUAAUAAACUCAAACUACUCAAAGACCAUUAAAUGCUUUUUAAAACUA